AUGGCAGCCGCCGGCAAGAGGAACCUGGCGGAGCUGAGCCUGGACGAGUUCCUCGCCGCCGGCUCCGAGUCGGAGCCUGACGGCGGCUCGGAGGAGGAGGAGGAGGCCGCCAGCAGGAUGGGAAGGCGAGGCAGCCGCUCCAGGCCCGACCGGCUGCCAGGUACGGGCGCGCCGCUGGUCAGCAGGAAGAAGGGAAAGGCAUCUGAACAUAAAGAUCAGCUCUCCCGGCUGAAGGACAAAGAUCCUGAAUUUUAUAAGUUUUUGGAGGAAAAUGAUCGCACAUUGCUGAAUUUUGAUGCUUCAGACAGUUCUGACGAGGAGGAGGAGGGGUUGCACAUACCACCUGAUACACUGGAGGAAGCAAGUGAUGAAGAUGAAGAAGAACAUGAAACAGUCAAACGGAAGAGAGUGUGUUUCAUCCCUGUGAGCUUGAAAAUGGUUGAAGAAUGGAAAAAAGCUGCAGAGAGAAGGCUAACACCAAAACUUUUCCAUGAAAUCACUCAAGCCUUUAAAGCAUCUGUAGCAACCACCAAAGGAGAUAAUGGUGGGGCUGAUCCCAGCAAGUUUCAAGUCACUGAUGCUGCAGUGUUCAAUGCCCUUGUGUCCUUCUGCGUCCGGGACCUCUUCCGUUGCCUGCAGAAGCUGCUGCUUCUGAAAACCCCAAAGAACAAACUAAAAAUGGUCCUCCCUUCCACCAGCCCACUUUGGAGCAAGCUGCGACUGGACAUAAAAGUGUACCUCAGCUGUACCAUACAACUCCUGUCCUGUUUAACAGAAGCCUCAGUUGGUGCAGCAGUCCUUCAGCAUGUCAGUGCCAUAGUGCCUUAUUAUUUGUCCUUUCCAAAGCAGUGCCGUGCACUUCUUAAGCAAGCAAUUAAUUUGUGGAGCACAGGUGAGGAAACAGUGAGAGUACUGGCCUUCCUUGUGCUGAACAAGAUCUGCCGCUACAAGAAAGAGGUGUACCUAAGUCCCUUGCUCAAGCAAAUGUACAUCGCAUUUGUGAAGAAUUCCAGAUUCACCUCUCCCAAUGUCCUGCCCAUGAUCAACUUCAUGCAGCGCACGCUGACAGAGAUGUAUGCCCUGGACACACAUACAUCUUACCAGCAUGCCUUCAUCUAUAUCCGUCAGCUUGCCAUUCACUUGCGCAGCGCAAUGACAAUAAAGAAGAAGGAGAACUUCCAGUCUGUUUAUAACUGGCAGUAUAUCCACUGCCUGUAUUUCUGGUGUCGAGUUCUCAGCACAAUCUAUCCCAGUGAGGUCAUGGAGCCGUUGAUCUAUCCUUUGACACAGGUCAUCAUUGGCUGUAUAAAGCUGGUACCAACGUCUCGUUUCUACCCUCUGCGCAUGCACUGCGUCCGUGCACUUACGCUGUUGUCUGAGAACACCAGGACCUUCAUCCCAGUGUUGCCAUUUAUCCUGGAGGUUUUCCAACAAGUGGAUUUCAAUAAGAAGCCAGGACGUAUAAGUGCUAAGCCUAUAAACUUCGCAGUGAUCUUGAAGCUUUCCAAUGCCAACCUGCAGGAGAAGGCCUUCCGAGACGGACUCAUUGAACAGCUCUAUGACCUGAUGCUUGAGUAUCUCCAUUGCCAAGCCUACAGCAUUGGAUUCCCAGAGUUGGUUCUCCCCACUGUCAUUCAGCUAAAAUCUUUCCUGAAGGAAUGCAAGAUUGCCAACUACUGCAAGCCUAUCCGGCAGCUCCUGGAGAAACUGCAGGAAAAUUCUGCCUACAUCGCCAGCAGGCGUCAGAAAGCUACCUUUGGCGUGGCCAGCAGGGAGUCUGUGGAACAAUGGGAGAAGCAGGUCAAAGAGGAGGGGACACCUCUGACCAAGUAUUAUACUCAGUGGAAGAAGUUAAGAGAGAAGGAAAUACAACUGGAAAUCAGCGGCAAAGAAAGACUUGAAGACUUGAACUUCCCAGAAAUUAAGCGUAAGAAGCAAGAUGAAAGCAAGGAGGAAGAUAAGAAGGAAUUCAAGGACCUCUUUGAGCUGGACAGUGACUCUGAUGAGGAGAAUGUUGGAUUCCCUAUAAAAGGUAAAGCCAAAGCCAAGCAGGCAUCAGACGACAGUUCAGAAGCAAGCAGCAAGGACUAUGGCGAGGAUGAUGAUGAAGAAGAAGGAAAGUAUGAGAUCGAGGAGGACGAGGAAGAAUUGGAAGAAGACAGUGACUCAGAUGAAGGAGGGAAGGAAGCCGCCCGUGUUCCCCAAGGGUCACAGAAGCAGAGGAGCCUCACUCAUGGGAUGUCACGCUCUGACCUCGAACAGCUGGCCCAAGGAGAAGAGGACAUUGUGGAGGACUUAGCUUUCUCUGAUGAUGACUGAGCACCCUCACAGCCACCCCCUCCAAGCUUAUCCCUCACAGAGCUGCUGUGGACUGGAUCACCCAGCCUUCAGCACCUGUAGCUGGUUCUUAACAGAGGUGGUAAGAGCUGGGGAGCAUGGAGGGUGGGAGGCCAGCCCCAGGUGCCACCAAGGACUUUCUCAGUGACACAGCAGAGACGCUACUUGGACUUUCAAGCUUUUUCUACCAGUUAUGUUUUUGGUAACAGUAAAAUUGUGGUCACGUCAAGGCCAGUAAAACUGCUCAGCAUAGGUAAUAAAAAGCCCUCAUUAAAAUCUGCUGCUUUAAAUAGCGUAGGGUUCAGUUUUAGCUCCUGCUGGAGCACGAGCUGACCAAGGGAAGGACAAGUUCUUUUGUCUAAGGGUCCUCCUGUCUGUUCAGCCAACCACCCAGGUUGCCCCGUAUUUUGCUCUGGGGCCCUCCCUUUUGCCAAGAAGUUCUUAAGGAUUGCAUAGGGUGUUUCAGUGCUUUGUGUCGUCACUGCAAAUGGAAGCCUUUAUCAGUAACAUCAGAAGCAGCUCAGUUCAAUCAAGCUGGCUGUAAGUAUGCUAAAGAAGUUAACUUUACGUGCCUGCCUUAGGAUAUGGAGGGAGGGGCAGAGACUGAAGGUUGUGUAGGCACCAAGGGGUAAGAGGAGGCAAAACUAAUAAUGUAGGAAACAAACUUUCAUUUUGUGAUGGCUGUUGGAUUUGUGCGAGAUACAUUUGCUUAGCAAAAACAAGGGACAAGGCUGAGCCUGUGCUUUUAACAGACCUAUUGUUAUCCACAGUGACAUAAAAUCACCUCUUUCUAGGGCCAGUCCUAGCUGCUGAUGCUGGUGGUGAACACUGUUUUGUUCUCAGAGUCCUGAAAACAGUAGUGAUGAUUGCAGGCUGUCUUGGGCACCCAGCCUGCCUUUAUUACCUCAAAGCCAACCACUGCAUCGCCUGGGCAGCUUCUACAUGCAGCUCAUGAUGUGUCUUCCUGUAGGAGUGGUGCUUGUGGGAGGACAUCGUGUAGCUCAAGGUGGGUAUGGGCAAUUUGUCAUCUGUUGGGAAAAUAUAACCAGCUUACCUCUUGAGACCACUGUUAGUUUGCAGGACUGGCAGCUAGGAAACAUAUUUCUUUGGAAAAUAAACUGGAAAUAGAGGGUAUGUGCUGAGAGAGGUAGGAAAAGUUAAGUAUUCUUAGGGCAUAUCUGACAGCAUCACUCCUGAAAAUUAACUGUGCCUUUCAAGAGCAUUGUUAUUUGUUAAUGCGGAUUUUUGGAAAAGAAAACAGAGGCCCAGGACUAAAUACAAUCUUUAUUCUUCUCUGCCACCAUUCAGUGAGGUCAGUAGCUGUCUGUCAGCGCUUGGGGUGGCCAAGCUACCUGCACAGAUUUGGUCAUCUCUGCCUUCUGCACUGCCUACAUGUUCCUCUCCAGGCAUCCUUACUCCUGCACACCACAAGAGGACAAGAUGCUUUUUUAAAAAACAUUUUAAAAGAACAACUUUUUUUUUUUAAGAAGUUCUCUGUUUUCAUGGAGUCAGAAGAACCACAGCUCAGAAACAUUGCCUUAUGAUAGAUGAAAACCCAAAUGUACCAUAGCCUGGCUAGCGGUCUCCCUCUCACCCACACGUGUAAGUGAUAACAACUCGUUGUAUGUGAAGAGGUAAUUAUGCUCUUCCUGUCCUACACUGAGUGCUGCUCCUUUCCUGCUUCCAGACAUCAUUACCACACAGGUAAUUACUGCUGUAGUACAGUGUUGUGGGGUGUUUGCUUCAUUCACAGUUUGUUACGUCUUUUUGGAGCUUAGUGGCAGGAAUAGGGAUAGAGAUGGCUUCUUUUUCCCAACUGCACCCAGAUACCCUUUGUCCCAUAAGGGGGGAGGAAGUAACCUCAGAAAUAAGUAAUUUGGGUUUUAUUAUCAUAAUCAUCAUUAUUAUCAUUUAUAGCCUGCUCUGAGGGGGCCAAAGCACCUGCUGCUUCAUGAGGGGUUCAAGAGCACUCAAGACUGAGGUUCCCUACGGCUGGUAAAGGCUGUGUCUUCAGGCAAUUACAUAUGGGAGCCUGGGGUAUGACUACAAAGAUGAGAAUUGUAAGGCCCUAACUAUAAGAAAAAGGUUUUAACUUACCUCUUCUUCCAAAAGAGAAAGGAGUCGCUUUUUCUUCUUUAACUUAGCUGGGCAAGGUGCUGUCUGCCUUUUGGCAGCUGUGAACCAACCCUCAGAUUGGCUUUUAGGUCAGAAAUGUAGCAGCUCCACUGCACCGAGUUACCAAUGCCAGCGGUAAGGCAUAUGGCCCCAGUGUACACACAGUGAAAGAAAGGAGACUUCUUCAGUAAAGCAACCACUUGCAAGGAGCUCAGGAAGCUAGGUACCAUUUGUAAAUUAAGUGUUUUUCUUUUUUAUUUAAAUUGAUUGCUGGAAAGCAUUUUUAUCGUGAUGUGAUGGAUAAUGACUUUUUUUUUUUUUUACAAUAUAAAGAAGCUAAUGUACCACCAAGCUAUUUUGUAAGAAAAACGGUAGCACGUGCAAUGUUUAAACAAA